AUGAAUUUAAGUGAAGAUUGUUUAAAAGGAUUAGAAGUACUCGCUGAUGAGAAAAUUGUACCAAAUGAAGCAUUCAGAGCUCUCAUUGAUUGUUGUUUUGAUGUUGUUUUAAAGCAUGAAACUGAAAGUGCACUAUUUGAGAAUAGUUCAUUAAAGAAUGUAGAUGUUAUUGCACUAAAACAAACCUAUUCAGCAUUCAUCAUAUUCAUUUUAGAGACAAUGAAAUCAAAUAUAGAUAACAGUGUAAUAACUCAUACUUUGGAAGAUCAUAAACUAUCAUCAAAUAGAAUACAAGUAAUCAUUCAGUAUUUCAAUCAAAAUAGAAUAGCAAUUAGAAAGGUGCUAUCAAUUACCAACUUCCAUUAUCCACAUAUCAUCGAUGUUAAUUGGCGUCUGGAUUACUUUAUGAAAUCAAACUCAAUAGAAAAAGUAAACACACCGGUCUACCUCAUCAAUCUGACAACCGAAAAGGAAGAGGGUGAAAAGGGUGAAGUCGAAUUUGCAUGUACAUUAGAUCAAUUACAGGAUUUAGUUUUCAAACUUAGAGAUGCACAGAAACAAAUCGAAAGAUCAUCAAUUAAAUCAUAA